AUGUCACAAACUUCUAGAAUAUCAGUAUUAUCAUCUUCGAAUGAUACGCGUUUAGCUAAACGUGUCUCAAUCUUAGAUAGAAUUUUAAAUAAAACUAAAGGAACUGAGGUAGGAUUAAGUGCUUUUGCAUUUUUAUUUUCUGAAAUGCUUCAAUAUGCACAAAAGCGUGUGCAUGGGAUUCAAGAUCUUGAACGAAAAUUAAAUGAUUUUGGGUAUAGAGUAGGAACACGUUUAUUGGAAUUAAUUGUAUGGCGAGAUAAAAAUAGUAAAAGAGAAACUCGAGUUUUGGGGAUGUUAUAUUUUAUUCAUAUAACAGUAUGGAAAACUCUUUUUGGAAAACAAGCAGAUUCUUUAGAAAAAAGUAAAGAACAUGAGGAUGAAUAUAUGAUAUCAGAUAACGAUCCAGUAAUAAGUAGAUAUAUUUCAGUUCCCAAAGAAUUAUCACAAUUAAAUUGUAAUGCAUUUCUUGCAGGAAUUGUAGAAGCGAUUUUGGAUGGAGCUCAAUUUCCAGCCCGUGUAACUGCACAUUCAGUACCACAAGAAGGUUUCCCAUUGCGUACUACUAUAUUAAUUCAAUUUGAUAAAGAAGUUUUGCAAAGAGAUGAACAAUUGGAACAAUUGAAAUUAAAAUAG